CCGCGAGGACAACGAUGACAACGACGAUGAUGAUGAUGAUGACAAAGGUGCGAUGGCGCCCUCCUGUGGCGAAACACGCGAAACGCAGAGUUAAGACGCAAUUGGCGCUGCAAGAAAGCAUCGUUUGGAGAGUUGGAAUCACAGAGGAGUACGAUGUCUGUGCGAUGUCGUAGUAAAGUGUCAACAAAAUAAAGUGCGUUUAAGUGUGGGGACGCGUGCCUCACGCGCGUCCUAAUGGCCAUUUGGAUAUCUGGACCAAAAUCACCAGAUCGCAGGAACCAAUUAGCGUUUUAUCAGACGAGAUUCUGAGCCACAGAAUCGACCUCUCAAGGUAUAACCGACUCCAAAAACUUUUUUUGGGGGGGGGGGGCAGACCUCGGUAUCCACCUGGCACCACCACUGAUGGAGCAGCGCUGUUGUUGAUCCGGAUCCGCCCAGCCAGGCGUCACAGCACCGACAAGAUGGCCGAGAGUACGGGACGAAAGUGAGGGAGGAAACAAAAACACGGGCGAGCUAUUCUUGCCGCGGAUGCCCCGACCCGGAGCGCGGCUGAAAGGCUGAAAGGCAAGUUAGCGAAAAAAAAAAAGCGCGCAGUGCCGCCGGUGGAUUCUAGGGCGCCUUCUUCGGUGCGUGACGUUUUCGGCAUGCGGACAAACGGUGCUCCGAGCCGGCGCGCUGACGGGAACCUCCGUUGGGUUGUCUGCGUCGGCUAGCUAGCCGACGAGCUAACCAUGUUAGCUAGCUGACAACACCGCUGGCGCGAGAGAAGACGCGUUCACUUCAAGUGACAGCUGGGUCAUUUUUAAAUAAACAGUCGUCGCCACUUCGCUUCUAUGAAUUAAAGAUAAUGCGUUGCGGCGGGAAAGCUUCCCCCGAGUGGGAACGCGGAUUUAACAGCUAGCGCUUAGCAACCUAACAUUGCGGAUUUCUGCAGUUAGCAUUAGCAGACGGCUGUUAGCUUGCUCAGCUGUUUUUUUUUUUUUGUUGUUGAUGACUUUGGGUCGAAAACGCACAAGAAAAGGUGCGUGUGGUGGGUGGGGGGCGUUUUUCUCUCCGCAUAGCGGUACCUGAGGAGGCUCUCGGCGUGACCAGGUGUCCGGGGGAGGUACGCUGACAUUACCGGUACCGCCGGCAGGGACCGUAACCAUAAGUCGACCCGAGGAGACGCCGGCCCCGCGUUGUUGGACGAGGCGCAGAUCCAGCCAGCAGCAACCAUGGCGCACUCUCCGGUCCAGGGUAACCUGCCAGGGAUGCAGAACACCAAGGCCGACCCGGAAGAACUGUUCACCAAGCUGGAGCGCAUCGGCAAGGGCUCGUUCGGCGAGGUGUUCAAAGGCAUCGACAAUCGCACCCAGAAGGUGGUGGCCAUCAAGACCAUCGACCUGGAGGAGGCCGAGGACGAGAUCGAGGACAUCCAGCAGGAGAUCACCGUGCUGAGCCAGUGCGACAGCCCCUUCGUCACCAAGUACUACGGCUCGUACCUCAAGGACACAAAGCUAUGGAUCAUCAUGGAGUACUUGGGCGGAGGCUCGGCGUUGGAUUUGAUGGAACCCGGAUGCCUGGACGAAACCCAGAUCGCCACCAUCCUGAGGGAGAUCCUCAAGGGGCUGGAGUACCUGCACUCUGAGAAGAAGAUCCACCGGGAUAUCAAAGCCGCCAACGUGCUGCUCUCUGAGCAGGGGGAGGUGAAGCUGGCGGAUUUCGGCGUGGCGGGGCAGCUCACCGACACCCAGAUCAAACGCAACACCUUCGUCGGCACGCCCUUCUGGAUGGCCCCCGAGGUCAUCAAACAGUCGGCGUAUGACUCCAAGGCCGACAUCUGGUCGCUGGGUAUCACAGCCAUCGAGCUGGCGAAAGGCGAGCCGCCCCACUCGGAGCUCCACCCCAUGAAGGUCCUGUUCCUCAUCCCAAAGAACACCCCGCCCACGCUGGAGGGCAGCUACAGCAAGCCGCUCAAGGAGUUCAUCGAGGCGUGCCUCAACAAAGAGCCCAGCUUCAGGCCGACCGCCAAAGAGCUGCUGAAGCAUAAGCUGAUUGUGCGCCACGCGAAAAAGACGUCCUACCUGACGGAGCUGGUGGACAAGUACAAACGGUGGAAGGCGGAGCAGUCGAGAACCGCAGAGUCCAGUUCGGACGAGUCCGACUCAGAGCAGGACGGCCAGGCGUCGGGCGGGAACGACUUUGGCAGCGACGACUGGAUCUUCACCAUCCGAGAGAAGGACCCCAAGAAGCUGCAGAACGGGGAGGGGCAGUCGGGGGCGGCAGACCAGACAAAAGACAUUCCAAAGAGGCCUUAUUCACAGAGCCUGGCCACGGUCAUCUCUCCGGCACUAGCUGAGCUGAAGGCACGUCAGGAGCAGGUCAACGGGAACCCCAUGGUCCUGGACGAGCUGAGGGAGGCCAUCCUGCUGGCCGAGGAGUCUUACCCCGGCAUCGCCGACUCCCUGGUGGCUCACAUGGUCCAGCGGCUCCAGAGUUUCUCCACAAGCCGGGCGUCCGCCUCCUCCUAGUAACCGGCUUUUUGCUCCGGCCCUCAUCUCCCGACCCCCCCAAACACCUCAGCCAGGUCAGAGGGUCGAGCCGCUCAACACCAGCCGACCACAUUUGACCGUGUGUGGGGGCGCUGACCUACUCUGUAAAAACGACUGAUUGCCAAAGUGGAAGCGCACAGCUUCUUUCAGCCACUGACGAGAGGGGAAGUUCAGGUGGGAGUGGAGGGGGGGAGGGCAGCAGCCCACGACAGAAUGACUCCAGCCCCACGCCGCCGCCACCAAGUCUCCGGGUGGAAUCUGCUUGAAGAAUCUCCCUUUGCCCACCACCGCAAAAUCCAAGACUUCAUUGCCCCCCCCUCUCAACGCAGGCAUCAUAUCCCCAGAACCUCUGAAAAGCAACCUGUAGGGAUAUUGUGUGUGUGUGUGCGUGCAUGUGUGCGUGCGCGUGUGUGUGCGUGCGUGCAAGACUCCGUGUUAAGGCAAAUUUGCAGCAUUCUUAAUGAAACCUCAGGUAAAGUGCUUUAAGUGGACUUUGAGGGGUGUGGCCAUGCUGUACAUGAUUACUGCGGGGGGGGGGGAGGAAAGAAAUGGAUCACUGUGCACAAAAUGGUAAAGUGCAUUUUGUAGAUAUUGACAAGUGUUUAAAAGCGGAUCAUUAAACCGGAGCUAAACAAUAAAUGCCUUUCUGAGACGGACACACACACAUCUGGCAUUUCAUCGCAGGUUUUUGGUUCCUCUCAGAGUGAAUUCGAGCUCUUGUUCCAUCAGUGUUAUUUUUUUUUCCUCUGUGACCGAGUUUUGAAUCGGCAGACUAACUACGAUACUAAGCGUACUUUUGUUUAGAGUCCUCUUCUUGUUUUGUGUAGUCCGGUGAAGAAAAUAAAAGACAACCCGUUCUUUGAUUUUAAAUUGUUUAGGACAAUGGAGGUGGAAUGACACCGUUUGAGUGGAGCCCAAGACAUUUACAAAGGGGAAACGUUAGGGGGGCGGUCGAGCGCCGAUAUCAUGGGAAGUAUUAUUUUUCCUUGGCAACAAAUUUCUCCUUUUGCUUUUUUGUGGCGGUGAAGAUCUCCCCCGCAGCCAAACAUAGAUCGGAUUACACACCGCUGACGUCGACGCCAUCCCAUACUUGUUUUGUUUCUCACUUCCACGCCGUGCUAGAAGUGCCAUAUCUCUUUUAAUGCCCUGCCCAGAUAUUGAUAGUAUGAUUUGCACCUUCCGUUGUAUUUUUUUUUUUCAAUCUUUUUUUUUUGCACUUUGAAAGUGUGAAGUAUUUUUAAAGCGUGUAAGAGGAAGAACAAAAAAAAACCACACACAAGGAAGUAUUGCUAAUAGCCAUGUUUUAGUAUAUAUGUUUACUUAAGAGUUCCAGAAUUUACUACUGUGCUAAUGCAGCAAUAAUGUUGAGGAGUUGCAUCAAGACGCACUUGUCAACACAGGGAUCGAAAGAAAUUAAGAAAUAUCUGAUAUUUUUAUAACUGCAAAGAUGGAAAUAUGGAAUGCUUUAUGGAUAUGAGCGCCUGCAUCGGGCAAAAAAAAGUAAUUUACUUUACAGAACAACAUAUGCUACGGAAAUAACAAAAUGUGUACAUUUGGUCUCCUUUAUCAUAGCUGACAGUUUAUAGUACUGUAUAUAAUCUUUGCUUGUGUCAUUUGAGGAUUCCCAAGUUAAAUGUGAGCUCCUUGUAAGCUUUCAAAGUGACAUGAGAAAUAAAGAUCUAUUGCUAACUGAGAA